UUCCAGGAAAUGAGAAGUUGAAGAUCAGUGAAUCUGGGCAGCGCUGCGCGAGGUCCGCAUUACUUGAACGUGAAACUAAAUUCACACUGGCUAUAUUAAAGUUUCUUGUUUUGUGUGAACAGCAAUAAAUUAUGUUCGUUUCGACUGAAGACACACUGCCCUCUUUUAAAGGGUUUACUUUAAUCAUGCCAGCUGUUUCAGUCGGUAACGUGGGACAGCUCGCCGCAGACCUCCUCAUUUCCACGCUCAGCAUGCCGAGGGCGGGCCAUUUUCACACAGACUGCCUGAUCCCCAUGGCGGGCAGUAACCCGUACGUCGCUGCGGCAGAAGAGGCUGGUCAGCCAAGUACCAAUGCAGAAGUGUACUCACGCAGUGAUUUGAAGUUGGCUGUGCUACAGAUCAGGACGCCGGUUUUGCAGACGAAGAUAAAGUCAUUUCGCAAGCUCCUGGUGUCCUGGAUCAAAAGUAGUGCAUUCUCCAGGACCGUGUUGCUGUCCAGCAGCCAGGCAUACCAGAGAGACGACCAGCAGUUACAGGGCACAGCCCUUCGCUACCUCCUGAGUCCAUCUCUAGAGGAACAGGUGGGUGAGGCACUGCGGCAGCUGGGCUGGACGCAGCUGGAGAGAGUCAGUGCCUUUCCUGGUAUCAGCGACUCAGAGCAGCGGCUAUACAUCCCUGGAGGAGGAAUAACCAAGGGCCUCUACAUGGACUGCUGCACAGAGCAUCUCCCCAUGGCAGUGGUUCUGCUCUUUUGCUCUGAGGGGGACAACGUCCCUGAUGCUUUUGCCCUUUGCAACCACCUGAACGACUGGCUGAUUCUAGUGGAAAAACCCGUGAGUGGUGAUUUAGAGGCGCAGGGUCCUGCUCCGUGGAGGAUCCCCCCGUCCUGGAGGCUCCUGUUUGGUAGUGGCAUUCCACCCCUGCUCUUCUGAAACCCGGAGAACUGGGCACAGUAGAAACCUUUGCCAUGAGGAAACAGCAUGUUGAGAGUUCCCAUGUGAGAUGGCACUGUUGUAAAAUCCAGCACUUUGGGGGCUGAAUUUGUGCACAAAACAUCUUGUGCAAAAGAUGGAGUUCUGUAUAUAAUACAGAUACAUGUACUUUUUUUGCCAAAUUGUUGCAAGUCUUUAAACCUGUUUGUACAAUAAAAUAUGUAAAAAUCAUUUAA